GGCUGCUCAGUGUGUGCACACAGGCACUGAAAGGUUGUCCCUGGUUCAUCUUGGUUCUUAUUUUGCACCCUACACUCCGUACAAAAAAAAAAAAAAAAAAAUUAAUUAGACCUCUCUUGAAUUCAUCUGUUUGCUUGUAACGGGAGGGAGCACCUGCCCGGAGGAUACGGAACCAGAGAAGCGGGAGUAGGGGAGGAGAGGUUCCCCGCCGAACGCGUCAUGGCAGCGGGGAAAACCGCGGCUUGCUGACGCGCAUCCACCUGAGGCUUCUUUUGACAUUUGCAACUUCUCCGUCGAGGGAACUUUUGUCUUACGUACGGAAUUUCAAAGCCAACUACUACCGCGGACGAUUAUUUUUCAUUCUGGGAGGGGACUUUGUUGAAGCUUUUGAAAAGGAUGAUGCUGCUGUGUGCCUGCGUCAAGUUGGCAAUUAUCUUGAAUUGGUCGUCCUUCAUAAGUGGAUAUUUGGCGGACAAGCGCUUGCCUAAAAUCUGGCCUUCCGAGAAUCCAAUCGUUAUUCACCAAGGGGACCCUCUUCAUCUCACAUGCAGGGGGCACGGCCAGCUGCACUGGACACUUCCAAAGCCGGUGGGAUCCCGACAUGUCAUUUCUUGGGAGGGCAUGAAAGUGCAGCGGUGUGAUUCCAGACAUGCGGCGCACUGCAGCAAACUGACAAUCACACACUUGAAUGCCAGUCACACUGGGGAGUACAGUUGCGGUUACUCCAGAGGGGGGUCCGACCACGUUGCAUCCACAUACGUCUACGUCACAGAUCCAGAGCAGCCAUUUGUGGAGCCCUAUGAUCAGACACCUUACGCCCUGUUCAUCCUCAGGGAUCAGUCCAGCCUUGUGAUUCCUUGCCGUACAUCUUCUCCCAGUACUGUUGUGACACUAAACGAGCUGUCACCCUCCUCAGAGAAGAUUGACAAUGAAUGGGACCCAAAAGUGGGCUUCAGAAUUCCCUACACCCCCGAGACUGUGUACGACAUGUUAAUCUGCUCUGCCGUCGUCAAUGGUCAGGAGUUUCGCUCCAUGUACAUCCCCAAGAGACUGUCACUUUUUCUUGAGAAUGUGACAAUCACCCCGGAGCGGGUCAGGGUGUUGGUUGGCGACACACUCUUCCUCAACUGCACCGGAGUGACCACCUACGAUCAAAGAAUCAAGUUUACGUGGGAUUUUCCGAAAAAGAAUGAAAACCGCCAUUUCAUAAACAAGACCCAAGACACCCCCGCUCUUGCAUUUACAAUGAGCAAGGCAUUAGUCUUGCCCAACAUUUCAAUGGAGGACAAGGGCUUGUAUCGAUGCAAAGCUGAGAUUACACCCACCAAACAUAAGAAUGCCACAGCGAAGGUCAUUGUCUACGAGCACCCUUUCCUCAACAUCUCACACAGGCAUCUGGCUACAGUGGUUGUCAGGGAGGGCAGAAAGAGGCUGGUGUUCGACCCCAAGGUCAAUGCACUGCCACUACCAGAUACGUUGACAUGGUACAAAGACGGAGUCCCCAUCCUGAAGAAUUCUACCUGCUACAAGAUUUCCGGUUACAACUUGAUCAUCUCUGAUGUGCAGCAGAAACACGACGGGGUCUUCACCAUAAGCCUCGGAAACCAAGCCCAUCGCCUGUACCGGAACCUGAGCUACACGUUGGAAGUUGAGGUGAAGCCAAGUAUUUCCGAGUCAGAGUUUGCCCCUGUGGAUAUCCAGCCCUACAUGUUUGGCAAGCGCCACCAGCUGACCUGCACUGCCUCCGGCAGACCCGCGCCACAUAUCACCUGGCUCUGGCAACCUUGUCACACAGACUCGGUCCUCAAACAAUGCAUCUCGGAGACAACGGGGGUCACCGUUAUGGAAAAGGGAAAUGUCGGUAACAGAAUCGAGAGUAUAAGGACAAAGCCUGAAAUGGUUCAAGGAAAAAACAAGACUCGGAGCACCCUGGUGAUUGGAGAAGCCAGUGUGUCGGGAAAUUACUCCUGUUUGGCCCAGAAUGAAAAUGGCAAAAGCAUCAUGAGCAUCCCUUUCUUUGUUAGUGAUCAUCCCGAGCCCAUUUCCAUCCAGCCUCAGUCAGCCGUGGAGAAGGAUGACAUCACCUUGAGCUGCCGGGCUUCGCGUUAUCUCUACAUAGACCUGCAAUGGCUUGAUUCCCAGAAUCGAACCGUCACCUCAAACGUGUCCCGUCUCCAGCUUGACCGCUACUCAAUUGCCAUCUUGCUCCAUUUGCGAAACGUUAGCAAAAACAGCACUGCCGGUUACAAGUGUCGAGCUAUGAAGCUGCAAAAUAAGCUUGAAGUCAAGUCGGCGGCUUUGAAUGUGAUUGCGAGAAAGCAGCCCUGGCUGAGUCAAAAUCUCACUGAUCGGGACGUGAACAGCAGCAGCACACUGGUGCUGGCCUGCCUGGCUCAGGGGGUUCCUCACCCCAACAUCACAUGGUACAAAAACAGCGUUCAGCUGGAGGAAGGCCCAGGAAUCACCCUGAGGAAGGACGGCGCACUGAUCAUCGAGAGGGUGAAGAAGGACGACGAGGGUCUCUACGAGUGCGUGGCCAGGAACAGUGAGGGUGUCGUCAAGACCAGCGCUUUGGUCACUGUGCUCGGGGAAGAAGGGAAGCCAAACGUGGAGGUUAUAAUUCUAGUGUGCACUGGAGCCGCCGCCACCUUCCUCUGGCUCAUGCUCAUCCUCUUCAUUCGCAAGCUGAGAAAGCAACAGCCCGCGCACUACAAAAUGGGGCCGUCUAUCAUCAUUGACCCCGACGAGUGUCCUCUGGACGAGCAGAACGAUCUCCUCCAGUACGACAGCAGCAAAUGGGAGUUUCCCCGCGAUCGCCUCAGAUUAGGCAAAACUCUAGGCCACGGAGCGUUUGGAAAAGUGGUGGAGGCCUCUGCCUUUGGGAUUGACAAACUCUCCACCUGCAAGACUGUUGCAGUCAAGAUGCUGAAAGGCGGCGCCACAUCUAACGAGCGCAAAGCCCUGAUGUCGGAGCUCAAGAUCCUGAUUCACAUCGGCCACCACCUCAACGUGGUCAACCUGCUGGGCGCUUGCACCAAGCCUGGAGGGCCCUUGAUGAUGAUUGUGGAGUUCUGCAAAUACGGCAAUUUAUCCAACUACUUAAGAGGCAAGCGAGACGACUUUGUGGUUUACAAGGGCCAGGACGGCAAGGUCAUGUCGGGUACGGCGUGCGAACUGAGCGAGUUGAUGAAACGCCGCCUGGAGAGCGUGGCCAGCACGGGAAGCUCGGCCAGUUCCGGUUUCAUCGAAGAUAAGAGCUACUGCGACUCAGAGGAAGAGGAAGAAGAAUCGGAGGAUUUAUACAAGCGAGUUUUGACCUUGGAAGACUUGAUUUGCUACAGCUUCCAAGUCGCAAAGGGCAUGGAGUUUCUGGCCUCUCGCAAGUGCAUCCAUCGGGAUUUGGCCGCUCGAAAUAUCCUUCUCUCCGAGAAUAACGUGGUGAAGAUUUGCGACUUUGGGCUGGCCAGAGAUAUCUACAAGGACCCCGACUAUGUGCGCAAAGGAGAUGCCCGGUUGCCCCUGAAGUGGAUGGCUCCCGAGGCCAUUUUUGACAAGAUCUACACCACUCAGAGCGAUGUGUGGUCCUUCGGUGUUCUCAUGUGGGAGAUCUUCUCAUUGGGUGCGUCGCCGUACCCCGGUGUUCAAAUCGACGAGGAGUUUUGCUGCAGACUGAAAGAAGGCACCAGGAUGAGAGCCCCUGAAUACUCUUCCUCUGAAAUCUAUAAGACCAUGUUGGAGUGCUGGCAAGGGGAACCACAGGAACGGCCCACCUUCACCGAGCUGGUUGAACAGCUGGGAGACCUUCUUCAAGCCAGCGUGCAGCAGGGGGGGAAACACUACAUACCCGUCAACACCGACCUGCUGGCCAAAGUCGGCGAACUCGACGGCGGCAAGAUGACGGAAGAAACGCCCACCCGGCCCGUUUCGCAGCGAGACUCGGGCGGCGCCUGGAACAUCAAGAUCAGACCGGCAAGCGUCAAAACCUUUGAUGAAGUCACCAUGGAUGGCGAAGACAAUCAUGCUCACCAGGGCGUGCAGUGCGACAGUGGGAUGGGCCUGUCGUCUGACAACAUGAACACUCUGAAGAAACUGGAGACGCUCGCCGGACGACCUCUCAGCAUCAUGGCUCUGGCCAUGAAGGCGAUGAGCAGGAGCAAAGAGUCGGUCCUGAGCGAGCCCGACAAGGACAAGUACCCGCCAAGCGUCCCUCCUCUGGACCUCAACCUGGACGACUCGGCCUUGGACGCCGACCUCGAGUGUCACAGCCCGCCACCGGACUACAACUACGUGGUGCGCUACUCCACGCCGCCCGUUUAAGCUUUCACCUACGGCAAGCCUUCGAGCAUGCUCAGAGGGGAUUUCCCCUCGUGGCCGAACAGGGAGAACGUCGGCAAAACUGUGAAUUGUGAAACGAGCGAGCGGCCAAAUUGCGUCGUCCGACCGACGCGCCGGACUGACUUUGCGGAGCUCGGGCAUUUUGCUCCAAGUGAAAAGUGGCUCAGGUAUUUUCAGUCAGCUCCACAUCAGGCUUUUCUACUGUGAAAUGGCUCCACAAGGUCCAGCAAGCAACACGCAAGAGGAAAAGACACGCCUCAUGUUCAAAAGGGCAAGAUUUUGAAAGGAGAUGUGAUCAUUAUGCUUUGGGGUUUUUUUUUUUUUCUUUUCUUCACAAUAGUUCACAAGAGUCUUCAUAAUACACCGGUGACAACAUUUGCCAAGCACCUCCAUGUAAUCUUAACACCAUUUUAGAAUAACCAUCACAAUUUUUUAUUUUUUUUGCCACUAACAACAUAGCUGUGAACGCUUCACCUCACUUCAGCAUAGUUCCUUGAUGCUAAAACGCCGCAAAAA